GCACUACGAUGGCGGCCGUGUGAGUUACAUGUUGUGUGAGGAUCCCCGGGCCGCGGCAUGGCUCCGGCCCCGCCAAUGGCCGUCACCAUCACGCUCAAAACGCUGCACCAGCAGACCUUCAAAAUCCGCAAGGAGCCUGACAAGACGGUGAAGGUGCUAAAGGAAAAGAUAGAAGCUAAGAAGGGUCGUGAUGCCUUCCCUGUGGCUGGACAGAAAGCCAUUUAUGCUGGCAAGAUCCUGAGUGAUGACGUGCCCAUCAGGGACUAUCGCAUUGAUGAGAAGAACUUUGUGGUCGUUAUGGUGACCAAGGCCAAAACUAGCCCAGGCACCUCAGUACCCCCAGAGGCCUCACCCACUGCUGCCCCAGAGUCCUCCACAUCCUUUCCUCUGGCCCCUGCCUCAGGCAUGUCCCAUCCCCCACCUACUGCCAGAGAGGACAAGAGCCCAUCGGAGGAAUCAGUCCCCACGACAUCCCCGGAGUCCGUGUCAGGCUCUGUUCCCUCUUCAGGUAGCAGCGGGCGAGAGGAAGACGUGGCAUCCACGCUAGUGACUGGUUCUGAGUAUGAGACAAUGCUGACAGAGAUCAUGUCCAUGGGCUAUGAACAGGAGCCGGUCGUGGCCGCCCUGAGAGCCAGCUACAACAACCCCCACCGAGCCGUGGAGUAUCUACUCCCGGGAAUUCCUGGGAGCCCCGAGCCAGAACAUGGUUCUGUCCAAGAGAGCCAGGUGUCUGAGCAGCCAGCCACAGAAGGAGGAGAGAACCCCCUGGAGUUCCUGCGGGACCAGCCCCAGUUCCAGAACAUGCGGCAGGUGAUUCAGCAGAACCCGGCACUGUUGCCUGCCCUGCUCCAGCAGCUGGGCCAAGAGAAUCCUCAGCUUUUCCAGCAAAUUAGUCGACACCAGGAGCAGUUCAUCCAGAUGCUCAAGGAGCCCCCCGGGGAGCUGGCAGACAUCUCUGAUGUGGAGGGUGAGGUGGGCGCCAUAGGUGAGGAGGCUCUGCAGAUGAACUACAUCCAGGUGACACCGCAGGAGAAAGAAGCAGUAGAGAGGUUGAAAGCCCCGAGCUUCCCAGAGAGCUUGGUGAUCCAGGCCUACUUCGCUUGUGAAAAAAACGAGAACUUGUCUGCCAACUUCCUUCUGAGUCAGAACUUUGAUGACGAGUGAUGCAGCGAAGCCAGGCCGUCCCCCAACUUCCCCACCCCCCAACUCCACAAAAGUUUUAUAAAAGAAAAAAAUAUAUAUAUUCAUGUUUAUUUAAGAAGUGGGGAAAAAAUCAAAAACCUUAAAAAAAACCACCCUGAUUUCCCACCCUCCUCAAGUGGCCCCCAUUCCCAUCUUGGCUUGAGAAGACCUAGGCCAGACAGCUGUCCCCCAACCCCCGCCCCAGCCCUACCUGCUCUAAGAAACUGGCAGGACUGGAGGUGACAGA